CUGGCUGCUGAGCCGUGUCCCGGUCCCUAUGGGGGGAGGAGGAAAGCCUGGGGUAGGUGAUGGGAAGGCAGUUGGAGCUCCCCAAGGUGCCGCGGGCAGAGAAAAGAACCCAGGCAUCCUGCUGGGCACAAAGAUACCCAGCCAGCCCUGGGCAAGCCAUUCUGGUCUCCCAGAGAGGAAGAAGCAUCAUGUCCAGCAGCUGGAGUCAUCCUGGAGCAUCAUGUCCAGCCGCUGGGUGUGGCAAGUCCUGGCAGAUGUUCUUCCUAGCUGCCGGAGUCUUCAAUGCUUGCUUCCAGCUGAUUCAGAGUCAAACGUACAUUAAUGUGGGCAUCACGUUGAAACCACCAGCUCCUGUUGCCAAAAGAAACGUCACUCUGGUGCCUGGAGGAGAGGUGGCGGAUGUUGACACCUGCUUCUGGUUCCGAGGGGGGAAAGAGGAGAAGCAUCGGAUCUUCAGCUACUUGCUGUCUCCGCAUUUUACCCCAAAACAAGGACCGGCUUAUACGGGCCGCGAGACCGGAGACAAAAACUGCUCCUUGCACAUCAGGAAUCUCAAGGCCGAGGACACUGGCAACUAUGUGGUUCUCAAGCAGAAACUGGCGAGCAGUGAAUUUCUACAGGGGCAUGUAUAUUUGCUGGUCAAAGACUCAAAAAACAAAGCUAUUCAGGGAGAAACAGAAAACCCCCAUGCCCUCCUUCGGAUCAUAGUUGCAGGGACCAUCAUUCUCGAAGUGGGACUCACGGGCUUGGUGCUGUAUUACCGGGUCUACUCGAACAAUCCUGGAACAAGAGAACAGACGGAGAGGAGGAGCUUUCAACUUCAGGCCAAGGGUACUGUAGGUAGUACCAGACUGUGUGAUGCUCUCACUCUUUCGGCAGCCACCAUGUCACACAUUCAGAGAACCCUUGCUCUUGCUCUAAUAGGUAGAAAAAGAAGAAAAGAAAAAGACCACCCAGCUCAGCCAUAUAUGGGCAGCAUUCCAGCCUGCAACCACAUCAGCCAACCCCUAGAAGAGAAGCAUCACCUAUUUGGAAACCAUGAAGAAGUCUUUCUGGGCCUUCUGAUGGCUCCUGAAACCCAUCCAGACCCCCAGGAGACCAGCAUAUCUGCUGGUGAAAUAAAGGCUUCCAGUGUCCCUAGUUUCUGGCUGUGCUCUGUACUCUAUAGCGAGGAUUCUGUUUGCCUGGAAAGAUUAUAUGAAAAGCACCUUGGAUAUUUUUGUUCAAGUUCCCUCUCUGAUGCACCUGCUGAAAUUGCCUCUUCUCUGCACCGAUUAAAGCUGGAAAUAGGACUCGGGCCAGGAGAUCACUUACAGAAGCAGUACAGCAUGGCUCCAAUCAGGGCCAGUACAGCCACCACGGCCACCAGCAAGCCGAUCACGAUGCCGGAAAUGGCGAUCAAAGACUGCUCCGAAGGAGUGGAAGAAUUCUCUGGAAGAAAAAAAGACAUUGUGGAACUCAUGUGCCCCUGCACAAAAACCUGUCACCACCAGACAGAGGAACACACCACAGAGCAACCCCAGUCUUUAUCAGGGAGCAAGGAGGGUCCCUCUUGCAGGCUCACUCGUCCCAACAGGCUCUCUCUGCAGGACAAAGAGAUGAUGGCGCUACCCACAAGCCCGCGAGGGUCACCCAAAGCCCUUAUUCUGGCAGGCUUCCUCCUGAGUUGUGUUUUUUCCCAACUGGUACCAGCACAGAAUCAGAUUAGAUUUUCUGUGGAUGUGAAACCACCGAACCCCAGUGCAGGUCAAGACGUCACCUUCUCCUUGAGAAACAUCCCAAGCCCACUUAUUGAGUGCUCGUGGACCCGGGAUAGCCCAUCAGGGAGAUCAGAUGAAAUCCUUGCGCAAAACACAUCAGAUCCCAGGCGGCAGAUACGAGGCUCCGGGCACACGGGCCGGGAGACCUUGGGGCCUGAUUGCUCCUUACACAUCAGGGAGCUAAGAAAGACAGACAAGGGAAACUACACCGUAAAUAUACUGGUUCAAGGCAACCAGAAUUCCGGGAAGGGAACCAGCCAGCAGCAGCCAGUGGAGGCCUUCCAAACUGUGUACCUAAGCGUCUCUUCCUGGAUUCAAAUCCAGAUCACCUCUAAUCCACCACAUCCCAAGCCUGGUCAUAACAUCACUCUGAUUCAAGAAAGAAUCCCACAGCAGUUUGAUUCCUGUGUGUGGUCCAAACGGAGCCUUUCUGGAACACAAGAAGAAAUCUUCGAUUACCAUCAAGAGGAGGAGGAAUGGAAACAGAAGGGCAGCUCAGCCAGAAGGCGAGUAAAGGUGCUACAGGAUUGCUCCUUACACAUCACGAACGCAGUCAGCGCUGACACCGGCAACUACACAGUAACUGCAGAGGUUCCUGUGACCAAGGGCCAAGGGCAAGGAGAAGAUUUCCAGCAGUACAAAGGAUACCUGGUUUUAAAGAUCGCCGAACAGGCUGGUGGGAAGGAGCCCCAGCGACCUGGCAAUUCUGCCUCUCUGAGCUACUCUGCCAGAGUUCUCCUUGGCGUUCUGCUGGGAUCUCUUGCCUGGGCGGAAACACUGAAGGCCCUGCUGUUCUAACUUUCCACAGUCGUUUCUCCAGAGAAGAGGCUCGCAAUAGCUAGAAAAUCAUCACUUCCAUCUUUGCUAACAGCAUCGGGUCAAGAAAGAAAAUAGAUUUGACCCUGCCUUCACUGUGCAGUGAUACUUUUCAAAAUUAAGUGCUUUGCCUUACCUACAAAAUCUUGUUUCAUGUAUUUGCCUAGUAGCUAGCAGUCCCCGUGUAGAAUAAAAGUGCUUCUGUGCUUUCAGUUGCCUGUAUCAGAGGGAGGAUUUUGAUUGAUGCUGCUUUGUGGUGAUUCUGCAACAGGCACAAGUGUCUGUUGGGUCAUCCUGAAGUUUCAUUCUGUUCCUUUAACUGUCAGUGGCCAACAAGCACCUGAAUCAGACUGUAUCCUCAGAUAUCUCACUGGCUUUUACUUUUGAUGCAUAAGCAGUUCCGCACUUGAUAAAUUGCUGUAUCUUAAAAGACUGGUGAGACAUUGGUAUGAAGGAGUAUGAAUUCCUUCUUGAAAGAAAAUUGUAAAUAUAUAUUAAGGAGCUAUGACUAUACACUGUUUGCUUUCCAGUUUCAAAUCAAAUACUUUAUUACAGUCACAGACCAGUACAACAUAAUACAUACACACAGAAGCCCAACAGAGUAAACCACAGAAGUUGUAAUAUAAUAUUGACAAGUUAAACCUCAAAACAGAACAGCUAAAUGAAACAGAAUUUAGCCACAUUAUAAGAUAUUAAAGCAUUCUGGUCAGCUAGAAGAUAAGCAAGAUAAGAAGAAUCCAUACAAUCUGGAUGACAACUUAUAAAAGGGAUUAUAUAUGUGUGCUGUAGAUCUUGAUAAAAUUGACAAUAGAGGAGCAUAUGAGCUCUGGUUUUGAUAUCUCCUGAACUGCAGUGGCAAAAGCGUUCUUUAUAUAAUUGUACAUAUAUAUUAAGGAGCUGUGACUAUAUAUUGUUUGCUUUCCAGUUUAAAUAGUAGCUUUCCCCCUUUAGUUAUAUGACUAGAUUUAGCUAACGUUUGACCCCACAGACCAGGAGUUUCCAGCCUUUGGGACCCAUCAUCCCCAGCCUUCAGCCGUUGUGAUGGGGGAUGAUGGGAGUUGUAGUCCAACAACAUUUUUAUUGUUCAAUUUAUAUGCCGCCUUUCCUAAAACUCAUUUCAAGGUGGUUUAUAGAGUACAUGUUAAUACAACCAAACUCCAUAAAAUCGCAUCCGGACACCUACACUGAGGAACACCUGCAAAUACGAUCUGGUAUCAAAUUACUUGAUUGCUAAUAUCAGCUGUAUGUUGACUAAUGAAUUUGUUAAGUUUGUUACUAUCUACUUAUUAUGUUAUGUGAGAUGUUCCUAAUAAAAAGAUAUUUUGGAAAAAUA